UGUGUGUUCUCGCUGGUGGUCGUGCUGUGGGCCAUUUGCAAGCAUUUCCUCACCGCAGACAUCCCUGCGGGGGUCGGCCACUCUGUGAAGCUGAGGGUUCUGGACUGCAUUUUCAUGGUGUUGCUGACAUGGGGAAUGGUUUUUGAGAAACUGAGAAUCUGUUCUCUGCCGGAAUUUGUCCGUUUUAUACAUGAUCUGCAGCCACUAAAGAAAGACCCUGAUGUCAUUGUCACAGAUCUCCACUUUGGGACAAUCCCUGUGAAGCUGUACCAGCCUAAGGCAUCCACCUGCACCCCCAGGCCUGGUGUUGUGUUCUACCACGGUGGUGGGGCCAUCAUUGGGAGCUUGGUAACCCACCAUCGUGUAUGCUGUUAUUUGUCCAAAGCAAGUGAUUCUGUGGUUCUGUCAGUUGGGUACCGCAUGUUACCCAAGUAUAAGUUUCCAGUGCCGGUAAGUGACUGUAUAGUGGCCACCACCCACUUCCUGAAGUCCCUGGAUACAUAUGGGGUAGAUCCAGCCCGAGUCACGGUCUGUGGUGACAGUAUGGGAGGGGAAAUAGCAGUCGUGAUUUGUCAACAACUUAUGAACAGUCCAGAUCUCCCCCGGAUCCGGGCUCAGAUCUUGGUCUAUGCUGCUCUCCAAGCCGUGAAUUUCCAGUACCCAUCCUAUCAGCAGAACAAGAGCGUUCCACUGCUCAGUUGGAGUUUUGCCUUCUAUUGUUUGUGUCACUACCUGGAUUUCAGCUUUUCCUGGGAAAAAACCCUCUUGAAAGGUGGUCAUUUGCCUGACAAUCUCUGGGAAAAGUAUAGAAAGUGGCUGGGCUCAGAAAAUAUCCCGGAGAGGUUUAAGAAGAGAGGCUACCGACCCAUGCUCCGUGGGUCCCUGAAUGAAGACGUGUACCGGAAAACGAGUGUGGUUUGGGAUUUGAUGUGCACGCCCCUGAUUGCAGAAGACGACAUCAUGUCUCAACUCCCGGAAGCGUGCAUUGUGAGCUGUGAGUAUGACUUUCUCCGGGACCAUUCACUGUUGUACAAGAAGAGGCUGGAAGACCUGGGAGUGCCGGUGACUUGGCAUCACAUGGAGGAUGGUUUUCAUGGGGUACUCAUGACCUUUGACAUGGGUUUCUUGCACUUCCCCUGCUCCACAAGAAUUCUGAAUGCAAUAACCCAUUUUAUAAAGAGAUUGUGA